AGUGGCCUGCCUACUCUUCUGUUAUUCUAGACCCAGUUUGUUGGACAGUGAGGAUUUGUUUUGUGUUAUACUCUGGUUCAACGUUUCACCGUUGUCCAAUUAAUUGAAGUUGUUGGUUCUUUACCAUUUUAUGUUACUUCUCGUAGUUAUAGAUCAGCCUCCAUGUGGUUUCGGCAUAGUUUUUCCACAGCAGCCUCCUGCUGAAAAGUUUCUGAGAAGGCUCUAGUGGUUUGCAGUGUAUUGACUUUUCUGGUGUGAAAAAGUGUGAUCAAGUUUGUUUUUAUUUUUCUUUGGAAAAGGGAACAUACCCCAAAACAUGGGCUCUUUUAAGCUGGAUUUUUUGCCUGAGAUGAUGGUGGACCAUUGCUCUUUGAAUUCUAGUCCUGUGGCAAAGAAGAUGAAUGGGACCCUGGACCACCCAGACCAGCCCGACAUCGAUGCUAUCAAGAUGUUCGUUGGCCAGAUUCCACGGUCCUGGGCAGAGGAACAGCUGCGGGAGCUAUUUGAGCCUUACGGCGCCGUCUAUGAAAUCAAUGUCUUGCGUGACAGGAGUCAAAACCCCCCACAAAGCAAAGGUUGUUGUUUCAUAACAUAUUACACUCGCAAAUCUGCAUUGGAAGCACAAAAUGCUCUUCACAACAUGAAAAUUCUCCCAGGGAUGCAUCACCCCAUUCAGAUGAAGCCAGCUGACAGUGAGAAGAAUAAUGCGGUGGAAGACAGGAAGUUGUUCAUAGGAAUGAUAUCGAAAAAGUGUAAUGAGAAUGACAUCAGACUUAUGUUCUCGCCGUACGGACAGAUCGAGGAAUGUAGAAUACUACGUGGGCCGGAUGGACUGAGCCGUGGUUGUGCGUUUAUAACAUUUACAGCAAGACAGAUGGCACAGUCAACAAUCAAAUCCAUGCACCAAUCACAAACUAUGGAGGGCUGCUCGUCUCCCAUCGUAGUGAAGUUUGCCGACACGCAGAAGGACAAGGAGCAGAAGCGCAUUGCCCAGCAGCUUCAGCAGCAGAUGCAGCAGCUCAACACUGCCUCAAUGUGGGGGAAUCUGACCGGGCUCAACUCUCUGGGACCACAGUAUCUGGCACUUUAUUUACAGCUCCUUCAGCAGUCUGCCACCUCUGGGAAUGCCCUCAACAACCUUCAUCCCAUGUCUGGUAUGUCAGGGCUGAAUGCCAUGCAGAACCUGGCUGCCCUGGCAGCCGCGGCCAGUGCCACACAGGCCACACCCACGGGCAGCAGCGCUCUCACCACCUCUAGCAGUCCCCUCAGCGUGCUCACCAGCUCAGGUACGAGUACUGGACAGCAGGCACACUCAUCAUGGGACGCCUACAAGGCAGGAUCGUCACCCACCUCCUGUAACAACAACUCAAUGAACCCCAUGGCCUCCUUAGGGGCGCUGCAGUCUUUGGCCGCAGGGGCUGGAGCCGGCCUCAACAUGGGCUCACUUGCAGAGCUCCUGUGUCUAGGGAUGGCAGCCCUGAACGGUGGUCUAGGCAGCGGGGGCCUGUCGAACGGAACUGGUAGCACCAUGGAGGCCCUUACCCAGGCCUACUCUGGGAUCCAGCAGUACGCUGCUGCUGCCCUCCCCAGCCUCUACAACCAGAGCCUGCUCUCCCAACAGAGUGUCAGUGCUGCAGGAAGCCAGAAGGAAGCAAGCGACAGUCGGAGCAUGGGCCCUGAGGGAGCCAACUUGUUCAUCUACCACCUCCCCCAGGAGUUUGGAGACCAGGAUCUGCUCCAGAUGUUCAUGCCCUUUGGCAACGUUAUUUCCGCUAAGGUGUUCAUUGACAAGCAGACCAACCUCAGCAAGUGUUUUGGCUUUGUGAGUUACGACAAUCCAGUCUCAUCCCAGGCCGCCAUUCAGUCGAUGAACGGUUUCCAAAUUGGCAUGAAGCGACUAAAGGUGCAGCUGAAGAGAUCCAAAAAUGACAGCAAGCCAUACUGAAUGCUUUCUCUCAAUUGGACUUGGUUAGGAAAUUGUUUUUUUUUCUGGUAAGUGGAGUGUGAAUAAGAAACUAAAACCCUGCUGCAAACCCCUACCCUCUCCUCAUUCUUCCCUAUCCCUUUGCGCAUAUCAAGAUUUCCACUUUGCUGGGGUCACUCCUUUCUAUUCUCUGUAUUAACAAACGCAAGCAGAAAACAAAAACAACAUGCAAAAGGAUGUUGCUCAACUGAAACUGGAUACUUACAUUCUGUUUUGUUUUUGAAAUUUUCUUUUUUAAACAAUUGUGUUUGUUCAUUUUAAGUGAAGGUGUCAUUAGUUUGCUGUGUAAAGUUAAGUCAUUAUGAUGUUGCACAAUGACAGCCAGUUGCCAAAAUAUCCCCUUGAUUUUUACCCCUUCUCCCACCACCACCUAAUCAUGCCCCCUGACCCAACUCCAAAUGAAUCCCAUCAUAACCAAACCAUCCCCAUGGUUGCGUUCUUAAAAGCUCUGAUGCGUCAUGCGGAGCCUUCCAGAAAACUGCCUUUUUGAAAUGAGGAUGGACAGACCAUGCACCGGAUAAUGGCAAGAAAACAAUAGCUGUUUGCCGACUGCAAUUAUCAAUUAUCUACAUGUACGCAAGAUCUGACUUCACUCCAGCAGAUGAGCCAUUUUUUAAAAUUUGUUUUAUUUAGAAGUUGCCUGAAAAGUCUAUUGGUGAUGCUGUACCAGGAAUACAUUGCAUACAGUAGGCUUUUACUCAUUGUUUUUGUUUGUUUGUUUAUUUAUUUAUUUAUUAACCAACAAGAAGCUUGAAUUUCUGUUCUCAACAUUAUACUUUGGAGCAAAAUAGUUUUUUACAACUCUGAAUGAAUUGAUUUGUAAGACGUCAGCAGUAUUGCCUUGAAUGAUUUUGUGAGAUAUUUAACUUGCCAACCUCUUGAUUGGUCUCAGGACAAUGUCACAACGCCACACCCUUGCUUCAGGCAUGUAGUGUAUCUGAAAUAUUUCACCCUUUUUUAAAAUUGAAUAUCUGAGAGAGAAUAUAGAGUCCUGCGUCAUUAACAAAUACUGUGCUGAAUGUGUGUGAAGGGAGGAGUAAUUGGGUCCUACUUUAAGUUUUAAUGAACACAGCCGUUAAAGUGUCAUCUGGCUUGAGUAAUAUUAUUCCCCACCUGUCAGAUGUGUAAAUUUGGCCUUCUGUCUAAUGCUGCCCUUCACAUGUCGUCUUUUAAGUGAGGAACAGUGACUUUAAUAGCGGCAAUAACUUAGUCUCUACUCUCCCAUGAUCUUUAACUUCAAAUUAGCAUUCCGCCCCAUUUAGAAUAUUCGCAUUCAAUCUAUUUCCUUUCUGUUUAGCUGUCAGUUCAAGUAGAACAUCAGUCCUACUUCUAACACUAAAUGGAAUAUCACUUGGCAUUUUAGGCUUGCAGCAAUUGAGUGUCCUGGAAAAGAGCAACAUUGGGACUUUUCGAAGUUAACAUUUGUCAGAUUCAUCCUAAAUUAUCCAAUCAGCUCUACUAAUUACCGAUGCAAAAAUAAUGCUCAAAUUAGAUAUAAUUGAUUUGUAUUUAAUUUUUUCUCUCUCGUUAUCCGCAGUUCAAGUAGUCUGCUCUACCUCUGAGCUGGUUAGAUGAGACUACUCCCUCAAAAUACUGGCUUCCCUGUAGAUAUUUAUUCCAGUGUGUGUAUUUAUUAUUAACUGAAAACGCUAGCAUUUCAUGAUUUGGCGACGUUAAAUAAAUGUUAAUCACUACAACAAACACAGUAAUCCGUUUCUUAGACUUCCAUUAACUUAUAAAGUGUUUUUGUAGAAAUGGAAAGAAGCAAUUGUCCAGAUGAUGUAUAUUACAAAACUAUUAUGCCUUUUCUAUUUUUAUAAAGGUUUUAUACUUCUCCCAAGUGUCGGGAACUAUUUAUUGCCUACAUUAUUUCUCUGAAUUGAAAUGAUUUUUUUCAAGAAUCUUCAACAGUAUUUUGUAGAAUCCUAAUGUGACGUUGGUUACUACAUUUAAAUAUGUGAGGGUUAAACUACUGACCCGUGUAGCCCUAUUCAAGUGUUUAUUGUUAAUGUGCAGCAAGUGACAAUUUUGUAUGGUCAGUGAGUAGGAUUUGCCAGCUGCUAAAGUUUCAAAACUGUAGUCCCCUUGCAUUUAAAGAAUGGAAUAUAUUAUAGGGAAAAUCAAUAUUUUACUUGAGUUCAACCUAGAUGUGUGCCUAUUUAACUAUCAUUUCCAUGUGCAUAACAAUACCAACUGAGAAAAUAGGCUUAAGCAGGGUUACUGCAAGGUUAAGUCCAGGGUAUUUGCUGCCAUUAAAAUAAGUCCAAAGACUGAAUCUCAGCUGAUGGGGGCACAUAGUUGUUGUACAUGAACUUAACCAUCACUGUUAACUUUGCUGUACAUCUCAUACUUUUGCUUUGUAUGAAAGGCAUCAUUUUGCGUAAGCAUACAGAAGUGGAAUUCUUAAGAAUGGCAGCAGAUUAUGGUAGAGAGAACAUGAGAAGAUGCCAAACACUCACAGAAAAGCUGUUUUUGUUUAUAAUGUGAAACAGACUAAUGUAGUCUUAAAGUUUUAUAGCUUAAACUUUUUUACUCAUUUGUUUUAUAAAUUGUCUUCAGUUUGUUUGCACUGUCUUUACUUACCCUUUCUGUAUUGUAUUGACAAACUGCCUUCUUAUUUUAAAAGAAAGUUACCUCCUUGCCACUUAAAGUACAGAUACUGUACUUGACUCAGUUUUGUAUUGUGCCCUCGAGAAAAGCUCCUUUGCUGUGGAUGUAAUUUAGCUGUAUUGCAUAUGAUGGAAUUAUGAACAGAUGAAGCACACAUUCAAGAGAAAUGUUGACUGAGAUUAGUUGACAAUCAGCUCUCAUAGAUCAUUCUAGCAAAGCACAAUUAAUCUAAUAUUGCUGGCUCGUAACCCAGGUGACUAUCAUUACAAGCAAUGAAUAGCAAAAAAAUGCUAUUUUUACAAUCUGUAAGAAAAUUUAAAAAAGCACAUUGGGACAGAUGGCGCUAAACCCCUUGGGAGGAUUAUUUCCUGAAAUUGGAAUAUUACUGAUCAUUUAUAUAUUUCCCUUUAUAUUUUUGACUACUGUAUGAAGAGUCCUCAAAUGUAAUACUAAGUCACAAAUGUUGACUGUACAGUAGUAGGCAGUCAGUGUGGUGUCUCGGUGUUGUGUCCUGUAAGUUCUUACCUCAAUUCUCUGUUCGCAUGUUGCUUGUGUUCCCCCUCUGUCCUUUCGCCUCUUCUGUCUCACAUUAAAUGUUCUGUGUUUAGAUUGUGUAUCUGGUAGUGACCCCCUCCCCAUGCAAAGAUAAUCAUUUAUGAUUUUCUUUUUUCUUCCCUCUCCUUUUUCCGUUGUUGCUUUAACCUAAGUUUGUCUCCCUGUUUUGUUUUAUUCUAGAUAUCUUCGUGCCCGUUUGUUCAUCGUUUGCCUAGCAUGUUGAUGUGACGUCAAAAGUUCAUCGUCCAGUACGUUGUCCUCUGCACUUCUAUGGCGCUUGAAAUGUUCACCUUUUUGACCUUUUGUUAGCUUUUGGCGUUUAUUGGAAAAUGUUUUUGUUUGUUCUGUUUCUCUUUUGUCCUUUGUGCUGCCAAUAGGGUGCGCUAGACAGACUGCCAAGAAAAUAAAUCUAUAAAGCUACAUGAGUUGUUACAAGCAAAAAAGAGAAUGUAUUUUUCGAGAACUUACUGACAUAACCACUAGAUUUUUCCAAAUCGGUUUAUUUUUUUGUUUAAUUUGACCUUAAUAGUAAACACGUUUAUUUUUCCCUUUGUUUUGAGCGGUCUUCCUAGCGCCCCCCACACUACGUUUUUGUUUUGUGUCUGAAAGCAACCAAUCAAUUUAUAGAAACUACUUUUGCGUGUGGGUGUUUUUUCUCUUGUAAGUUCUAAGCUUUUUUAGGAUGUCUUUGGUCAUAUUUUGCUGAACUGGGGAUGACUUUCUCAUUUUGCGUUAGGUUAGUUGGUAUGAGGGUAAUUUUUGGGGAGUUUCUAAUGAGUGACAACGAUAUACACUUGAAUCUCCGUUUUUGUCUUUCAGUGUGUGAAGUCAUCACAGGCACAUAAUGUUUUCAUUUCUUUUUGUGUGGAAAUCAUCCUUAGUCUGAAUAAUAAAAUAUACAAAAUGAGCAGAAUUGAGUUUCUUUUCAGUUAUAUAUAUAUAUAUAUUUAGCAUGCACGUUUUUUUUGUAACUGCACUGAAAUCCUCAGCAAAAUGUGAUUGACUUUUUUUAAUAGAAUAAAAAAAGUUAUGAGUAAACUAGUGCCAAACGAUGCCGGUGGUCACAUUUAUCUCUUACACGUUGCCCUUUGAAGUUAACAUCUGGGCAACAAAAGUAGGGGUUGGUUUCUUUUUCAACGUUGAUGUGGUGGGUUGUACCUCGUAGGUUUUCAUGUGUGUUUAGACAAAUUUUAGAGACCCCUAUUUUAUAUUAGGACUUGAGGUGAAGUUAGGUGUUGGAAUUAUUUUGAUUUUUCUGUCGUACAAGUAUUCCCAAAACUAGAUAAAACCAGGUUAUAAAGCAUGUGCCCUUAAAGGCUUAUUUGUUUCAACUUUGGGAUUCAUUCUGUUGGGUUGGGAGUGUUUUUGUCUCAUAAUAAAGGCUAAACACUACCUUUUCAUGCAGUUCCUGAUAAACGUAUUUUACUCCCAGAGAGCACAGUUUUUAUUAGCAUACCUUGUCUUUAAUAUAGUUGUAUUGCAUUGGCAUAGUGUGUAGAAUGUGAAGUGAUGCUUUAUCUGACCUGAGUUUGUCUGAUGACUUUAGGCAUGUUAAAUGUGUGUCGUUGUGCAUUAACGUCAUCAAUUUGCUUUACUUGGGCAAUAUGAAUCCCUUCUACUGUCAUCAUUUCAGUCCACAUGUAUACAAACCAUUGUCUUUGCAGUAGUUAAAACAUGGCUCCAUCCCUGUUUAACAUCAGUGCCCUCUUCUUAAACCAGGAUUGGGUUUUAGAAAUGGAGCCUCUAACCACAUUAUAGAACUGUCACAUGUUCUGUACUCAGAACUACCCUUUUAAUUAUUUUCACCAUUAAAAAACACUUCUCUGGGUUAUUGAUCUCCCAUUGUUCAACAAAAAUGUAUUGGAUAGAAUCUCAAAUGAAUUGACCUGCAGAAAAAAUACAGACGAAUUGGAUUGACUGGGCUCUUUAAUUUUAAUAUUAUGUGACAGAUUGUAUUUCCAGAUUUGUCAGCUGCUAGGUCUGAGUUUAAAUGUGAUCCUAAAAAAGAAACCUGUUGGAUAUUUUUUGCAAUAUUAUUGGUACAAAGUGACUGACUUUCUAUUUAACAUUUGGUUUGUACAGUUGCCUUUUCUACUAGAACAAAGUUAUUAUAUUUCACAAUGUGACAUUGAAAUUCAAGAAAGUUCAAACAUGUAGAGCUUAGUUGCCACAUGACCAAACCUUAGUCUGUACAGCUGUAAUAUUAAUUGAUUAGAAUGCAAUUCUGUGAAGUCGCCUUUUGGUGAAUUCAAUUAAAAGCUUUACUUUCUAUAUAUUUUUGUUGUACAAUGUUGUGAUUUCGCUGUGAGGCAUAGACAUUGCUGAAUUUAUUAGAUGGCCAAAACAGUUGCUUUUUUAAUAUUUUCAGUUCAAUAUUGUCUUAAAUGUUUUUGAUUUAAGGAUAACACUUGUCUCCACAGGCGUGAAGCUAAGUGCACACUCAAUAAGCUGUUGUUUUGUGAGCCAAAAUUGUGAUCCCUAUUUGGUUGGUUUGUUUAUGUACAAUUAAAAUGUUUAAAAAUUCA